AUGUUUACAAGACUUGGCGUGUCGUCUCUUGUACCCAGCUUGAAAACUCCUAUUUUUGUUAUUCAUUCGAGUCGUCAACUACCCUUAAAAAACGCGUCGACGAGAAUACUUUUAUCUUCUAGGAAAUUUCACGCAACAAAAUACAAUCUUGCAGUUGGAGAUGAAGAACUCGAUAGUGACAAAAUGCCACGUUUUGUUAGUCCUUACCAAGGACAUUCGAUAAUUUUUGAUCUUGAUGAACGUGAACGACGUGCUGGAAAGACCGAAAAAACUCGAAAAACCGAAAAACCCCAUAAACUCGAUCAAACAAAUAAAUCGUCGUCAUUAUCGUCACGGUUGUUUAAAGGUAAAAGUGAUAAAGAAGAAAGACGGAAAGAAUCAUUGUUGAGAGGAGAGAAACCAAAGAAGCCUCCACCUGAAAGAGUCGUUGGAUUUAUUGGAGAUCCGAUACCAACAGAGGCAAGAUUCAAGCAUAAAGAGCAUAAAUACUCCACCACGAAUUUUCGCAUAUCUCCGCGUAAACUUACUUUUUUGGCUAGACAAGUGGCAGGAAAAAAUCUUGAUGAAGCAAUCAAGCAAAUGGAAUUCUCGCCAAAAAAAGCCUCCAAGAAAAUCAUGAAUUCAUUGAUCACUGCCAGAGAUCAUGCAUGGCGAUACAAGAUGAUGGAACCUAGGAGACUUUAUAUCGAACAAGCAUGGGUGGGUAAAGGUGUCUACCGUAAAAGAAUUAAUUAUCAUUCUCGUGGCAGAUUCAGUUUGCUAAAGAUCAAAAAAGCACACAUGAAAUAUAUAAUAAAAGAAGGGAGAGAAGACGGAAGUGCGAAACCGAAAAAAGAUGUCCGUGCACGAAAUCUCAAAUUAGGAAGGUAUUUUAAACCUGAGAAAGAAGAUAAACCGAUCUAUAAUCCUCCUACGUAUUAUAAUUGGUGA